GAUAGUUUUUUUUUGUCAAAAUGAUGAUAAUAACAUUAUCAUUAUCAGGCCUAAGGCCUAAAAAUAAUAAUUGUCGUUUUGGUUUUGUCAUUUAUCUACAAUCAAUAUUGAUUAUUUUUCAGACAAUAGCAGUGAUUAAAUGUUCAUCAUAUGGCCAUAGAAUAUCAUCAUUAACACCAAUAAAAGCUGCAAUCAAUUCUCAUCAUAUUGUCAAUCAUUAUGAGAUUGAUACACCAAAAGAACCAUAUAAACCGAAUCUAAUUGAAGUUAAAAGUUCAAUGCCAAUGUUUCAUAUAAAAUUUUCAUCAGCAUCUAGUAAAGUGAAUGUAUUUCAUCAACAUGAACCAUCAAAAGUGAAUAAAGAACCGAUUGAAUCAUUUUCACAAGAUGAACCACAUAUUAUACGACAACAGGUGGUUAAACCUAUUGUACAACAGAUACAUGAAAUUAUAACACCAGUGCGAAAAGUUGUACAGGAAAUCAAACCAGUUGUUGAAACAAUCGAUACGAUUAUUUCAAGAUCACCGAAAAAAUCCAAUGCAAUCAAUAAACCAAUAUCAAUGCCACCGAUUCCAUCAAGACCACCAUCAAUAAAAUCAUCAUCAUCACCACAAUUAACGCAGUCAUCAUUAAAAAAAUUAUCACCAUCAAUACAACAACAGGAUAUUGUACGAAAACAAAAAGCAUUCAUUGGUGAUCUAACAUCAUGGUUAUUGCAAACAAAAAGAAAACCAGAUUUAUUAAUAUCAAAAGAAAAUGAAUUAUUUGACAAUUCAUUAUAUAAUGGUGCAAAUGAAUAUGAUUUAAAAUAUCCAUCACAUAAUAGUAUUGAUUUGCCAUCAUCAUCAUCAUUAAAAUCUAAUGAUUAUCGAUUAUAUGAAGAUUAAAAAAAAAUCAAA